GCUAUGAUGGAGUCAAUGGAAUCAUGUGUCCCACCAGGUUUUCGGUUCCACCCAACAGAUGAAGAGCUUGUUGGUUACUACCUGAGAAAGAAAGUAGCUUCUCAGAAGAUUGAUCUUGACGUUAUCAGAGAGAUCGAUCUAUAUCGUAUUGAACCAUGGGAUCUCCAAGAGAGAUGCAGGAUUGGGAAUGAGGAGCAAAAUGAGUGGUAUUUCUUUAGCCACAAAGAUAAGAAAUAUCCAACAGGAACGAGAACCAAUAGAGCCACCAUGGCAGGGUUCUGGAAGGCAACAGGAAGAGACAAGUCAGUGUUUGAACGAACAAAACUCAUUGGCAUGAGGAAGACCCUCGUUUUCUAUGAAGGAAGAGCUCCUAAUGGACGAAAAACUGAUUGGAUCAUUCACGAGUAUAGGCUUGAAUCUGACGAUAAUGGAACUCCACAGGAGGAAGGAUGGGUUGUGUGCAAAGCAUUCAAGAAAAAAACUAACAUCAAAACGAAGACUAAUGAAGAAUGGGAUCCAAACUACUUAUACAAGGAACAAGCAAGUAGCAUCAGUUACAUGAUGGACCCAAUUGAUCUCAUCUUAAAGCAGCCUCAGAGGAUUUUAGCUCAAAAUUUCUUGUAUAAGCAAGAGAUAGAAGCAGAUAAUUUGAUCUUCAUGAACCCACACCAAUUGGUACAGCUUCCUCGGUUGGAAAGUCAAUCUUUGCCAUUACUAAAGAGGCAAUGCUUAGUGUCCCAAAUUUCAGACAAUAACGAAAAUGAUGAUCAAAAGGGAUUAUCCAACACCAACAACACAAAGAAAGUGACUGAUUGGAGGGCUCUUGACAAGUUUGUGGCUUCUCAAUUGAGUCAAGGAGACACGUAUGAAACACAGGGAGUUUCAUGCUUUGCAACCCAUACCAACUCAGAUUGUGACAUUGGGAUAUGCACAUUUGAAAAAUGA